AUGCUGAGCACUGACAGGAUGGACGAGUUUCAGAGUGAGGAAGAGGAACCUUGGUAUGACCAGCAGGAUUUGGAACAAGACUUACACUUAGCUGCUGAGCUAGGCAAGACCCUCCUGGAGCGGAACAAAGAGCUAGAGGAUUCUCUGCAACAGAUGUACACAACCAACGAGGAGCAAGUACAAGAGAUAGAGUAUUUGACAAAACAGCUGGAAAUGCUACGACAUAUGAAUGAGCAGCACACUAAGGUUUACGAGCAGCUGGAUAUGACAGCACGGGACCUAGAACUGGCCAAUCAGAAGCUUGUGCUGGAGAGCAAAGCAUCCCAACAGAAGAUACAAUGUCUGACAGAAACCAUAGAGGGGCUGCAGAAUCAGGUAGAUGAGCUACAAAAGCAGGUAGAAGAGCGGCAGAGCCUGGAUCAGCUGCGAGUCCGCCGUGAGAAAAGAGAGCGACGCCGAACCAUCCACACAUUUCCUUGCCUCAAGGAGCUGUUUUCGAGUCCUAGGUAUGAGGAUGCAUUCCAGCUUCACAGCUCUUCAAUGGAGUUCAAUCAGAUGCCCUUAGAGCGUGAGAAUGAGCGACUGCAAGCAAUGGUAAAUUCCCUCCGGUCUCAAGUCAACCAGGAAAAGCAGCGGAAGGAAAGGGUGGAGAGAGAGUACACAUCUGUCAUCCAGGAGUACUCAGACCUUGAACAGCGUGUGUGUGAGAUGGAGAGCUGCAAGCUGCGCAUUAAAGAGCUGGAGGCAGAGCUGCUGGAACUCCAGCAAAUGAAACAAGUCAAGAAGUACCUCCUCAGCAGAGAGGACAACCUCUCAGAAGCACUUCUGGAGCCUUUAAACAACGCCCCAGAAGCUGAUUACAUAGACUUGUCUGAGGAAGAUGGAGGUAAAAACCAUGAAUCUUCCAUGACAGCCUCUCCAAACCACCCCGUCCGGAAAAGCUGUAGUGACACAGCCCUAAAUGCUAUUGUGACCAAGGAUGCUGUGAGUCGCCAUGAGGGCAACUACACACUUCAUGCCAACAAUGUACGAAAGAGGGGGAUGUCAAUCCUGAGGGAGGUAGAUGAACAGUACCACGCCUUGCUGGAGAAGUAUGAGGAGCUCCUCAGCAAGUGCCGACAGCACAAGGACAGUGUGCGUCACGCUGGAGUCCAGACCUCCCGCCCCAUCUCUCGUGAUAGUUCAUUUAGGGACUUUCGGGGAGAGGGUUAUGAGCUAGAUGAGCUCAAGACAAUGGAGAAGAGCCUCAGCAAGCACGUAGAGGCCGUGGACAAGCGGCUUGAGCAGAGCCAGCCAGAGUACAAAGCCCUGUUUAAGGAGAUAUUCUCGCGAAUCCAGAAGACAAAAGCAGACAUCAAUGCCACCAAGAUUAAGAAGAAGGCCAGCAAAUGAACCCAACAGCCACGUCCAUCUGACGCAA